GAGUAGUACAAAAUAAUUUACUUCCAUGUUUAUUGUGAUGCGACACCAUAAAUUCUUGCAUUAAACUUUUAUCACAAGUAAAAUUUUAUAUUUUUAUAUCAUCAUUUUAAUUUUUAUUUUUAUAAUUACGGAUAAUGGGAUUAGGAAUUUUUCGAUGGAAGAUAUUAUUGAUUAUUUUGUCAGUUUUACUUUUUUGGCAAUCCUCGAAAAUAUGGUUAAAUUAUACACAAGGAAAAUCUGGCAUAAAAGCACAGCUUCAGGACAAUCAACCAGUAACGUUAAGCCAAAAAGAUGAGGGAAAUGCACAAAAAGUACACAUAGCUAUUUAUUAUGAAGCUCUAUGUCCAGAUUCACGCAGUUUUUUUAUAAAACAGUUAUUACCAACAUAUCAUAGAAUUCCAGAUAAUGUACAAAUAGAAUUUAUACCAUAUGGAAAAGCUAUGACAUUGAAAACAGAAGAUGGAUAUGAAUUUAAAUGUCAACAUGGACCUAUUGAAUGUGCAGCAAAUAUUAUUCAUGCAUGUUCUAUAGAUAUUUUGAAGAAUUCUUCCAUUAAAUUAGAAUAUCUAUCUUGUAUGAUUAAAAAUAACAUGAUACCAAAAAAGAUUAUGGAAACCUGUGCAAAAAAAAUGAAUAUAGACUAUAAUCCUAUACUUAAGUGUUAUAAUGAAGAAAAAGGUAAAAAACUUUUGGCUGAAUAUGGAAAAUUAACAAAUGUAUUAAUACCAAGAAUUUCUUUCAUACCAACUGUUAUAAUAAAUGGGAGUUCAGAGAAUCAGGCAAGGAUAUUAAAAAUAUUACAAGAAGUAUGUUUACAUUUUAAGAUUAUUCCAGAAGGUUGUAUACUAUAAAAACAUGCAAAAAAU